AUGAUUUUCAAGGCUGUGGGGGACGACUGGUUUGGGCCGGGACUGUUAGGAGGAUGGCGGAACCUUCAAGCUUUUGGAUCCCCUGAAAGGACACCAGCGUACGAACUGUACAUUGCAAUAAGCAAUUUCCCAUGCGGGGGGCAACCCGCAAGAGCCGCAAGUGGGUCCAAGCACAUGGGAAUCGUGCUAACAACUCGUGUGCGGGACGUUGGACAGAACCGUGUACACUUGUACCCAACACCAACCACCACUAACCCGCACCCCAGCUUUCCCCCGUUAUCCGGACAUCCGUUGCCAAGUCGCCAGCCAGCAGGCUUCAAGAUGGUGCUUUUGGAUGAAGUUGCUCUACCACGAAAUCCAGUCCAAUCUCGUCGUGAAUUGCAACCAGUGCAACCGGAUCUGUCGGUUUUGACGCCAUUUUCAACAAGUAGCUAUGCAGGGGCACGCAUGAAUCGUGUAAUGGGCAAGUGCCACAGCCGGUCUCAAGACGGAGUCGAGUGUGCACCUCCUGGUAACUGGGUUAUGAUCCAUGGCUGGCUGCCAGGCAGUGGUAAAUACCAGUUUGUCCAAAUUGGCGAGCUCGAUGGGCUUGCAAGUGUAGGGCAGGUAUUGCGCCCGCUUACUCUCCUCUACGAGCUCUGGUCCCGGGCCAAAGCCAUCCGAGGGGGCCAUCCGAGGGGCAUGCUUGGUCGGUGCUCCAAACCAAGGCAAGCUUGGCGAGCGACACAAACUCUGGACUGUGCCAAUGAGCGGUCUGCGCCAAAACAUGUGUUUGCUAGGGUGUCCGGUUUGAGUGCUUACUCGGCAAUUUAG